GCUCAAUCUGUGGGUUUCAAUCUCCAUUUUGUGUUUUUUGUUCCAUGUGGUCAAAUUUUGUUAGAGAAGAUGUGGUUUGUUUGGGUUAUUUAUUUUAAUGGAUCUUAUAUUUUGUUUUGGAGUUCUCUGUACUUUUUGUUGCUUGUUUUUGAUCUGCAAAUCUUGGGCUUUAGAUUUAUGAACUCUUUGAUCUUUUAUAUAUGUUCCUUUUUAAACUUUUUUUUUUCUUUAGUGAUUCGUGAGUUUUGUUUUCUAAUUGGGUGUGGUAUGAACGACGUUUAUAUAAUCGGUAAAAUCAGUGAAUUUUCAUUCGUUUCAUUGUGGGGAUUCGGACGCCAUCAUAAAGUUUAGAAUUGUUACGGAUUUUAUUCUUUAGAAAUGUGGUUUAUGAAAAUUUCCAUGGAUUUUUGUGAUUUUUUUUCCUUUGUUCUCUUACUAUGGCCCUAGCAUGCUAAAUCCUAUUUUAUUCGCUGUAAAGACAGUCUUCUGGUAAAUCAAGUCUUCAAUCUGUGCUUAUACAUAGUUUUAAAGCAAUAAAAAUCUCUAUCAAUCAUCCAACCGUUAACUCUUUUCAAAUGCAUGACUUAUGGUGAGGAAAUAAUUUUAUUUAGACUUAACUUGAGACUAAUAAGUGGUCAUUGAUCUUGAUCUAUGCAUGGACUUUUUAUAGGCAUUUCAGAUUUGGUGAAGUUGCCUGUCAUGCAAUUUAAAAAAUGAUGUGUAGUAGUAAUACGUUUUAAGUGAUUAUAAAUUAUUCCUAUGAUAGUGAAUGUAUAUUAUUGCUUUAUUUUGUUUUAUAACCACUUAAAACAUAUAAUUGAAAAUGUUAACUGAAAUUUUGGAAGAAACUUUAUAUGUAAGAAAUCAUAAGUACAACCUAGUGCAUAGGUCUUAAGUUACAAUUGGACAUGUAAGUGGAAAUUCUAUUGUUUCCGAAUUUCAGAUAAUAUUUAUUGAUUUAUUUCAUCUUAUUAGUGUCUAUUGUACUGUUCAUUAAAAAAAUAUACUUCAUUUGAAAUGUUGCGUACUAUUUUAGAUAGGAGAAUCCAAUCAUCUCAUCCAUCAUUAGAAGUGGUAUACUGUAUGCUUUUUGUUUUUUUAAAGAUUUUGUGGAAGCUGUUAUACACAUGUUUGUACUAUGUUAUGCUCUUUGUUAUAUAAUAUUUAAAAGAGUAUGAUCUUUAGCAAGGAUAUUGCAUGCUUAAUGUGGUAAGCAGUGGGCAUGCUUAAAUAAUGUGCAUGGUCAUGUCAAUUUCUGGAAGAGGUAAAAUGAUUUUAGUGGCAUCAUGAUAGUAUCUACAAUUGGUGAAAGAACUAACUUCGAUUGGUUGAUUUUUUUUAGUUUCGUCAGGUGUUAGUUAUUUAUUUUGUUCAUCUUUUUUGUUAUCCUUUUAUCUGUGUUAUCAAUUUUCUUAUUGAUCCUCUAAUGUUUUCUUGUGAGUACUUUAAUUUGAUAUGGCUAUCAUUAUUUUGGGCUGUUGGCUCCAAAUAUACUGGAUAUGAAACAUUCUACUUGUGGCUAGUUCUUUGGUUGAUGGAAUGGUAGACCCUUUGUCAUUUGCCAGUGUUUCUCAGCAGUGAAUCAUUUUGCAAGAGAUGGCCAUUAAGUUACUUGUUUACUUCUCCGAAAACAUGUGAUGGUUCUGGGUAAUCGAUUUGUUUUAUGAAACUGCUUAAUACCUGGAAGCCUUUUGUCCACCAGUUUAAUUGUGAGAACAGGGUUGUCUGUUUAUCCAACAUAUGCUGGCAGUAAAGCAAUGAAAACACUAUCACAGUAAGAUCACCACUAGUUUGCAGAUGGCAAUUUCAUGAGCUGUCUUUUUUGACAAGAUACACUUAAUUUCAGUGAGCUCUGUAGUUUCUGGAGGCAUCUGCUGACUGUAUUCUGUCACCAAAGGUUGUUGGUACAAGAAUGCUAGUUCAUCUUUAAUGGUGCUCUGUUUGCCUGUGUUUUCAUUUAGGUACAAUAUCAGGCUGAAUUUGAUGUUUUCACUUUGUGUAGUUCGCCUUAAAUUCCACCUUUCUGUUCUGGAGGCCUGAAAUAAAUCUAUUGAGUUGUCUUACAGAGCAGGAGGCAUGUUACUGUGGAUAAGGUUACUUGAGAUUGACUGUUGUGGGUAAUAAGGAAUUGGUAUCAUCAGAAUAUGAAUUUCUGCCAGAGGAAGUGCCAAGAUCUGUGGAAAAUAUGGUUAAAUGUCACUUCAGCUUUAUGCCAUCAUUUUGUAGGUUUUGUUUGGCUUCUGGGUUUCAACAUGAAAGGACAGGCGAGACAGAAGUUUUUGGACUGUUUGUUGACCUUCAUAGUAUGGAUUUUAGAUUUGUUAUCACAUAUAUGAGAAUGACAUACAUAUCUUUUAAGCUGAUAAUUUGCUUGUUCUGGAUUCUGCACAGAUAAGACUGUUAUAUUCAUAAUUUAGAUUAUGUUAGCCUAAAAUAACAAUAAGGGUUAAAGUAGUUGGAUUAUAACUAAUGGGUGCUUAUACAAGGCUUUCUUGGUUGAUAAAAUCAGUGAUUUGUUCAAUUCAAAGUUAUCCUGAUGGCUGCUUAAUAAAAUAUUUUUAGUUCAAUAAGUGAUAUCCAUUUUGACUUGUUUCCUACCCUUGCUCUGGAAAAAUGCUGCGCACAUUAUAUCUGCUGUUAUUGGUUGAUGACUGAUCUUAAGAUUGAACAGACUAAUGCUUGUAUCAGAUCUUUGUCAGUUGUAAUCUUACUGUAUUUUGGUUUUUCUAAUUUCAUCAACUUAUUAUUAGGAAAUAACUGUUCCCUUACCUGAGAACUUGGUAGCUAUGUUUGCGAGAAGCACAUGGCCUUCUUGUUUGUAUGCAUUACAUCUGUACUGUGAAAGUCAAUGGUGAUGAAUUUUGGUGUUUACCAUCUGCGUUAAAGUUGAGUUAGUAACUUCCUGGCUUAGGGUACAUAUUCUUCAGUGUAUGAAUGACUAAGAGAUAUUGGCAUUAUGGUCUUCAUCGGUGUGUUUGAGAAGAUCUGCCUGAAGUGUUUGAAUUUUGGAAUUUGUAGCAACUUCAUUUAUGCCUACUUAGUUGCAUGAUUAGUGCUGAGCCAACUGUAACAACCAGCAGUUCCUUUGCUGAUGGGAAUUUAUUGAUCCUUGAAAAUCUUAGUUGCUAUGGAACAUUUGUGUGUUGAUGAGAGCUUUACUGUCACAGAUAAGAGAUGUAUUUAAAUUAUUAAUGCCUGUAUAUGUGGUCACCACCUGAAGCACAUGCGGUGAUUUCCUUUGACAAGUUUGAGUUAUCAUGAUGCAUAUAAUCGGAUCGGUUGAAGAAGAAUUGGUUUGCUAGAUUGGAAACACUGGUGAUGAAUUUGGUGGCUUAUGAACUGAGUUUUUCAUGACAUUUACAAAUUGAAAGUAUCCAACAUGGGUAAGGGCCAGCUGGUGUUUUAAGAAUUUGGAAAUGUUAUGGGUUCUAGUGGUGGUGUGAUCCUGGUAGUUUGGAUGUGAAGCCUUGCUUGAGAAUCUGUAUGUAUGUGAGGGUCUGUAAAGCAGUAUCUUUUCUGAUUUUAUGUUAUCCUCCUGGAUGAUAAGGUCUACUUUGUUGUGUUGAACUUAUAUGGAUGAUAUGCCCACUCAAAUGGUCUGUCUAUACACUGGGAAUUGGCAAUCCCCUAGAAUUUUAGUGCUGUUUAGAUAUCUGAGGGUGAUGCUUGUCUAAUAUCUACUGGGAUCUUUGUUUAGAGGAUAAUGGAAGUUGCUUCAAUCUUAUCUUGGAUUAUGCUGGAGAGGAACAGUGGACGCCCCCGUGGAUUUGGGUUUGUAACCUUUGCAGAUCAACGUGGAAUGGACCGUGCCAUCAACGAAAUGCAUGGCCAGGAACUGGGUGGUCGUAUCAUUUCAGUGAACAAGGCCCAGCCAAAGGUAGGUUCUGAUGAUAGUGGCUAUGGAUAUGGCAGUGGUGGUGGUGGUGGCGGCGGAGGUGGCAGUGGUGGAGGUGGUUACUCAUCAGGAGGCAGAAGUUACCGUGGAGAUGGGCCACCACCACCACCACCGCCACCACCUGGACGUUCUGACUGCUUCAAGUGUGGGCGCACAGGUCACUGGGCUCGUGAAUGCCCAUCUGCAGGUGGAGGCAGUGGCGGUAAAUUCCCUUCUCGCCCUAGGUAUGGUGGUGGUGGUGGUGGUGGUGGAGGUGGUGCACGCGGGGAUCACUUUGGAGGAGAUCGUUAUGGUGAUCGGUAUGGAGAUCGGUAUAUAGAUGAUCGCUAUGAUGGGGGCCGUUAUGGAGACCGAGAUCGUGUGGACAGCAGGGACAGUAAGUAUGGUGGCGGGCGUGAUCGCUAUGGCAAUGAUCGAUAUCCUUCUGGUGGUGGUGGUGACCGUUAUUCAGGUGAUAGGUAUGGAGGGCCUGAUCGCUACCCUUCAAAUGGAUAUGGCAAGGAGAGAGCCUAUGAUAGAGAUGUUGGACCAAGGGGUGGUGCUGGUGGAGACAGGUAUGGCAGUGGCGGACCAGUACGCUAUGAGGGUAGUUACAGGGACAGACCUGGCCCAUAUGACCGUCCCAGCAGAGGUGGCCGCCCAUCUUCCUAUGAUCGUUAUCCGUGAUUAUUGUCAGUCCCUCUGGUUUCUUCAGAACCUUAAAAAUGUUUUUGUUCCCCUUUUAGAGGGCCCAUGCUUGUGAGAUUAAUAUAUUUGCUGAAACCAUUAACCAUGAAUCGAGUGUCAGAACUCGCUGAGGCUGCAUCUCAGGUCUCGUUUUUCUUUUCAUCUAAUAGGUAAUACUGUUUUGGACACAUGGUUGACUCUUCAGGGCAGUUUAUGCUUUUGAGGUUUGCACUUGCUGAACAUAGAUGUGAAUGGGUUGUUGUGAUCCCUUCGCAACAGUUCUGCCUGAGAUUGCUGAAAUUGAUACAUUGCCGUUUUGUAUCUGUUCUCAACUCAUUUGUGACAAUGUUUCAGAUUGCAAGUUAGUUUUAGUUGGAUGCUGUA